ACCCUCCAGGUUGGCCGGUGCCACGCUCCUGGCGCUGCUGGCUACGCACUUCCAGGCAAGUUGGACGCUGGAGGAAAAGAAAGUUUGCCAAGGCACGAGCAACAAGCUCACUCAGUUGGGCACUUUUGAAGAUCACUUUUUGAGCCUCCAGAGGAUGUUCAAUAACUGUGAAGUGGUCCUGGGAAAUUUGGAAAUUACCUACGUGCAAAAGAAUUAUGACCUUUCCUUCUUAAAGACCAUCCAGGAGGUUGCCGGCUAUGUACUCAUUGCCCUCAACACAGUGGAGAGGAUUCCCUUGGAAAACCUGCAGAUCAUCAGAGGAAAUUUACUCUAUGAAAACACCUAUGCCUUGGCCGUCUUAUCCAACUACGGUACAAAUAAAACUGGAGUGAGGGAGCUGCCCAUGAGAAACUUACAGGAAAUCCUGAGUGGUGCCGUGAGAUUCAGCAACAACCCUGUCCUCUGCAGCAUAGAAACCAUCCAGUGGAGAGACAUUGUCGACAGUGAUUUUAUCAGCAAUAUGUCAGUGGACUUUCACAGCAGUCUGGCCAGCUGCCAAAAAUGUGAUCCAAGCUGUCCCAAUGGAAGCUGCUGGGGUGCAGGAAAGGAAAACUGCCAGAAAUUGACCAAAACCAUCUGUGCCCAGCAGUGUUCUGGACGCUGCCGAGGCAAGUCGCCCAGUGACUGCUGCCACAACCAGUGUGCCGCUGGCUGCACGGGACCCCGAGAGAGUGACUGCCUGAUCUGCCGCAAGUUUCGAGAUGAAGCCACGUGCAAGGACACCUGUCCGCCACUAAUGCUCUACAACCCCACCACGUACCAGAUGGAUGUUAACCCAGAGGGAAAAUACAGCUUUGGCGCCACAUGUGUGAAGAAGUGCCCACAUAACUAUGUGGUGACAGACCAUGGGUCAUGUGUCCGGUCCUGCGGUUCUGACAGCUACGAGAUGGAGGAGGAUGGAGUCCGCAAGUGUAAAAAGUGUGAGGGGCCUUGUCGUAAAGUUUGUAAUGGAAUUGGAACUGGUGAGUUUAAGGACACACUUUCCAUAAAUGCUACAAAUAUUAAACACUUCAAAAAUUGCACCUCUAUUAGUGGAGACCUUCAUAUCCUCCCAGUAGCAUUUAAGGGUGACUCCUUCACACGCACUCCACCUCUAGAUCCAAAGGAACUGGAUAUUCUAAAAACCGUAAAAGAAAUAACAGGGUUUUUGCUAAUUCAGGCAUGGCCUGCAAACAAGACUGACCUCCAUGCUUUUGAGAACCUAGAAAUCAUACGUGGCAGAACAAAGCAACAUGGUCAGUUUUCUCUUGCGGUUGUCGGCCUGGACAUAAUGUCCUUGGGAUUACGCUCUCUCAAGGAGAUAAGUGAUGGAGAUGUGAUCAUUUCAGGAAACCAAAAACUGUGCUAUGCAAAUACAAUAAACUGGAAAAAACUAUUUGGGACUUCAAGACAGAAUACCAAAAUUAUAAACAACAGAGGCGAGAAGGACUGCAAGGCCACAGGCCACGUUUGCCAUCCCUUGUGCUCAUCAGAGGGCUGCUGGGGCCCGGAGCCGAAAGACUGCGUCUCUUGCCGCAACUUCAGCCGAAGCAGGGAGUGUGUGAACAAGUGCAACAUUCUGGAGGGAGGGCCAAGGGAGUUUGUGGAGAAAUCCGAGUGCAUACAGUGCCAUCCUGAAUGUCUGCCCCAGCCCAUGAAUAUAACCUGCACAGGACGCGGACCUGACAACUGUAUAAAGUGUGCCCACUACAUCGACGGCCCCCACUGUGUCAAGACCUGCCCAGCAGGAAUCCUGGGAGAAAACAACACCUUGGUCUGGAAGUAUGCAGAUGCCAAUCGCGUGUGUCACCUGUGCCAUUCAAACUGCUCUUUCGGCUGUGCUGGGCCGGGUCUUGAAGGCUGCGCAACGAAUGGGCCCAAGAUCCCCUCCAUCGCCACUGGAAUUGUGGGCAGCCUCCUCUUGUUGGUGGUGAUGGCCCUUGGGAUUGGCCUCUUCAUGCGAAGGCGCCACAUUGUCCGGAAGCGCACGCUGCGCAGACUGCUGCAGGAAAGAGAGCUUGUUGAACCAGUGACGCCCAGUGGAGAAGCUCCCAAUCAAGCUCUCCUGAGGAUCUUAAAGGAAACAGAAUUUAAGAAGAUCAAAGUGCUUGGCUCUGGAGCAUUUGGCACUGUGUAUAAGGGACUCUGGAUCCCAGAAGGAGAAAAAGUUAAAAUUCCUGUGGCUAUCAAGGAAUUAAGAGAAGCCACAUCUCCAAAAGCCAACAAGGAGAUUCUUGAUGAAGCCUACGUCAUGGCCAGUGUGGACAAUCCUCACGUGUGCCGCUUGCUGGGCAUCUGCCUGACCUCCACAGUCCAGCUUAUCACACAGCUCAUGCCCUUUGGCUGCCUCCUGGACUAUGUCCGCGAGCACAAGGACAACAUCGGCUCCCAGUACCUCCUCAACUGGUGUGUGCAGAUUGCAAAGGGCAUGAACUACCUGGAAGACCGCCGCCUGGUGCACCGCGACCUGGCCGCGAGAAACGUCCUGGUGAAGACUCCCCAGCAUGUCAAGAUCACAGAUUUUGGGCUGGCGAAACUGCUAGGUGCUGAGGAGAAGGAGUACCACGCUGAAGGAGGCAAAGUCCCUAUUAAAUGGAUGGCUCUGGAAUCGAUUUUACACCGCAUUUAUACCCACCAAAGUGAUGUCUGGAGCUAUGGUGUCACAGUUUGGGAGUUGAUGACCUUUGGAUCCAAGCCUUAUGAUGGAAUUCCUGCAAGCGAGAUCUCAUCCAUCCUGGAGAAAGGAGAGCGCCUUCCGCAGCCACCCGUGUGCACCAUCGAUGUCUACAUGAUCAUGGUCAAGUGCUGGAUGAUAGAUGCAGAUAGUCGCCCAAAGUUCCGUGAGUUGAUCAUUGAAUUCUCCAAAAUGGCCCGUGACCCUCAGCGCUACCUUGUCAUUCAGGGGGAUGAACGAAUGCAUCUGCCAAGCCCUACAGACUCAAAUUUUUACCGCGCCCUGAUGGAUGAAGAGGACAUGGAAGAUGUCGUGGAUGCGGACGAGUACCUCAUUCCACAGCAGGGAUUCUUCAACAGUCCUUCCACAUCUCGAACUCCCCUCCUAAAUUCUCUGAGUGCAACCAGCAACAAUUCCACUGUGGCUUGCAUUGACAGAAACGGGCAGAGCUGUCCCAUCAAGGAGGACAGUUUCUUGCAGCGGUACAGUUCUGACCCCACGGGAGCCUUGACUGAAGAGAGCAUUGAUGACAGUUUCCUUCCAGUUCCAGAAUACAUAAACCAGUCUGUUCCCAAAAGGCCCGCGGGCUCUGUCCAGAACCCCGUCUACCACAAUCAGCCUCUGAAUCCAACCCCUGGCAGAGACCCUCACUACCAAAACCCCCACAGCAGUGCCGUGGAGAACCCUGAGUAUCUCAACACCACCCAGCCUGCCUAUGUCAACAGUGUAUCUGACAGCCCCGCCAUCUGGGCCCAGAGGGGCAUCCACCAGAUCAGCCUGGACAACCCCGACUACCAACAGGACUUCUUUCCCAAGGAAGCCAAGCCAAAUGGCAUCUUUAAGGUUCCUGCAGCUGAAAAUGCAGAAUACCUAAGGGUCGCACCACCAAGCAGUGAGUUUAUUGGAGCAUGACCGUGGAGGAAAACAUCAGCCAUAAAAAUUCCAGACUCU